GUUUGCUGUGACUAAUGUUUUGUUUUCUGCCGUAAUGAGAUGGUUGUGACGAGUUAACACCAACAGCUACGACGCUAAACACUGCUCAGUGACCUUGUGUUGGCCUGCAAGAAGACAAAGCCAUGGGGAAUACAAGCAGUGAGAGGGCCGCGAUGGGCCAGGGGGAGAAGGCUCAGCGGAGGGACAGCCGAGGUAUCAAGGAGGGAGAGAGACCAAAGAUCCUGAUGGACAGCCCAGAAGAUGCUGAUAUUUUUCAUGGUGAAGAUUUGAAAGCUCCUUUAGAGAAAGAGGAGUUCCUUGCAUGGCAACAAGACUUAGAAGCAGACGACAAAGCCCCAACUUUAGACCGGCCAACAGUAUUUCGCUGGACUGGAGAUGGCAAGGAGGUCUACCUCUCUGGGUCCUUCAACAACUGGGCCAACAAGAUUCCUCUUAUUAGAAGUCAAAACACCUUUGUGGCCAUUGUCGAUCUGCCUGAGGGGGAGCAUCAGUACAAGUUUUAUGUGGACGGCCAGUGGACCCACGACCCAGCUGAGCCGGUUGUGACCAGCCAGCUGGGCACAGUCAAUAAUGUCAUCCAGGUGAAGAAAACUGACUUUGAGGUGUUUGAUGCUUUAAUGGUGGACUCACAGAAAUGCUCUGACAUGUCAGACCUCUCCAGCUCUCCUCCCGGACCAUAUCAUCAGGACGCCUACAUUCCGAAACAGGAAGAGAAGUUUAAGUCUCCACCCAUACUCCCGCCGCACUUGCUUCAGGUCAUCCUCAACAAAGACACGGGGAUAUCUUGUGACCCUGCGUUACUCCCAGAACCCAACCAUGUCAUGCUGAACCACCUCUAUGCUCUUUCAAUUAAGGAUGGGGUGAUGGUGCUCAGCGCGACACAUCGCUACAAGAAGAAGUACGUCACCACCUUGCUAUAUAAGCCUAUCUGAUUGAAGACUCUCUUAUCCCAGUGUGUUAACUGUACACUGAGUGUACAAAAUAUGAGCUCCACCUGUUUUUUCCGUAAAGCAGAGACCAGGUGAAUGCAAGCUCAUAUCAGUCAUGGGUUUCACCUGUUAAAUCCACGUCUGGACUUGAAGAAGCAGCUCUGAGUGAGGUGGGGGAGAUAGAUUAAAGAUUAGGAAAAUAGAUAUUGUUAAAUUUGUCAAUUAAACUUUUAUUUUAAGUAAAAUUCAGGAAUAAUGUUUACUAUAGGAAUGCCCUGAAAAUGGAUAAACUAUAUCAAGAUGACAUGAUAGUGUUGAAUGGGUGUGCACAGUAAAAUGUCAACAGAUUAAUCAUUUGUAUCAUUGUACAAAUCUGCCUCAAGAGGCUGGUUAAAUGAUGACAUUACUUUAUCCAUUCUGAGCUUUGAACACACAGCUCUGAGAUUAUAUCUUGUACACUCACUGUACACCCAGUUGUUGUACACAUCUGCUGAGGACCAUCAAUGCCACACAGUUACCACAAUCCUUCAUAAUCUGCCUUUAUUUUUUCACUGAUUGCCCUCUGUAGUUUUCAACAACAGUAACUUUGUUCAGUAGACAUAGAGAGGCACACAUCUAUAAUCAAAGCAGACAAAAAUGGAAUGAGGAGAAUUGGUAAUGCUGGGGAAAUUGGACUGAAGGACCUCAGAUACGCGAGGUUGCUGUUGUCCUUCCUAUGGUUGCAAAAACAACAGUGGUACAAUCAAGAAUGUGAAUGUGAAGGUCAAAGAAGGAAAAAAUUGCACUGCAGUAGUUUUCCACUGUCUUCUUUUGCCUUUUUAUCUUAAAAUAGUUGUAUUUAUUAGUUGUAUUUUAUUUAGUAUGAUCACAGAGCACACAGUAGUUAUUUUUCUAUUAUUUGUGAAGUAUUUAGUUAUAUAAUUUUUUUUUCUACUUUGGUUGAUGAUGUGAUUUGUUUUGUUGUCACGAGUUUUCUCAGUAUAGUUGCAGCGUUGCAGUCAUUACCAUUCCAGUCGAGUAUCUUAGCAGGUUGUUAGGACUAAGAUGAUGUAGUCGAGACCAAAACCAUCUCAUAAAUGAAUCUGGUCUAAAUAACUCUUAUUAGAUUUGCACUACCAUAAUAAACAUUUAAUUUUAUGUAGAAUAUGUACCCUUACACCACGACAAUGUAUGAGAAGAAUAAUGCUCACACUUUCUACACAGGUUUAGUGGUCGUCACACUGAUAUACCAUUGCACAAUAAUAAUUUCCUUCUUUUAUACAGUGUUUAUGCAUUCCACACCAUAGAGUUGAUCCCUGCUGGCUUAGUCAAUAUGGGAUCGUUAGGUUUGUGCCAUGACACAUUGCCAAUCUUCAGUAGUAAUGCAGAAACUUCAGAUGGAUCCAUGGGUAAUGAAGAAAGACCCAACAGGAACGUUAUUUGACAGGGACAACAGUAUGUUAAAGACAAAGUGACCAACAUUUGCUUGAAGAGCCACAACACUGACAAAGGGACCAGCAUAGGAUCAGACUGGAACUGUUACUGAAGAGGCGUUAUAGUGAACAUGUUUGUCUGCACUGUUAAUGGUCAGUGUGUAUUUCAUGAGGUCUGAAAGACUGGACUGAAUUUUAAGUUAAAGGCAGCCUAUGACUUGAACCAUCAACAUAUCAUUUUCAAGUUUUGUUAUCUAGGUGUAAUUACCAUAAACAAAUGAGACCAUGAUGUUGAUUACAGGCCACUGGAUGCUGACACUCCUCAGUCAUAGUCUCUUUUGUUUUAUUGUCUCAGAACUAACAUGGUAAUGACUUAUUGAUGAUAAGAUGCUGGAUAUUCAAAUACAUUGCAGUAUCAUUAAAAAUGUUGAGCCUUUGAACCAUGCUGGUGUGUAUACAUUUUCGAAGAUAUUUGUAUUAAAGAUAAGUUGC